GAAGGAGAGAGGACGGGGGCAAAAAUCCGGGAGAAUGCAAGGGAAGGCGAAGACGAAGAAGACGAACCAGCUCUCGCUGGAGGAGUACCUGGACUUCCUCCACUCCCACAAACGCGCCGACCUCACCGUCAGCUCCCUCAAUCAGAUCAUCCAGAUGCACGGGUUCAGGAAGAUCCGCAACCUCCCCAAGAGAGCGCUGUUGGAUGCUGUGGAGGCGAUCGAGCUCGUGGAUCCCUCGCGGUCAACGCUGAACGAGAACGUCUCGUCGCGCGACGUGCGGCUUUCUCUUGCGGAAGCUAUCGCCGACGUCAACGACCUCGGAUGGCACGAGUGUGUCAUCACCUCCGUCGAGAACUUCGGCAAGGAGGACCGUCCGUCGGCGCCGGACGAUGGCUCCAAACGCCAGGGGAGACGGGAGAAGAAAGGUGACGGUGCCUUUGGUUGUAAGAGAACCGCUUCUUCAGGCUCGGAGACGAGCGGUGGCGGCGGCAGCGCGGGAGAAAAUGCUCCAAAGAGGAAGCCAUUGAAAGAGGCGAAUGCCGGUCGUUCCACCAGCAGCGUUGACGGUGACUGCUCCUGGUCGAAUCAGCUGGACAUGGGAAUCCGUUGUUGACAGUUCAUGAUUUCCCCGAAUUACGAAUCAUUUGCUGAUCUGAUGUUGAGGGUUCCGUGUUUUAACCGAUGCUUCUUGCAUCAUUUGAUUCAAUCGACACAAGUUUGCAUCACAAUCGGCUCUGUAAUUUGAAGAGUGGAAUGCAAAAUCAUUCGAUCUUGCACCGUACUCGACCGUCGCCGUUAACUGCAAAAGUCAAGAAUCCUCCAUGCCUACAUUGUGAUUGCUGAUUUUAGGCUUCCAAAGAGAGAGAGAGAGAACUGCAAUUCCCCGUGACCUUUCCCUAGUAAAAGUCUUCAGUUCGUGCCGAGGUGCAAUACGUAAGGUAGGUCGUCCUCGGUUCGGGAGUUGCAUCUGCAGCAGCAGUAAGAAAAACUA